UUACGCCGAUAGAAAAUACACUUCAUCAUAGCCUACCAAGACAGUGAGCAUCUUUAAGGUUACCUAUAAUUCAAAUGGCUAUCGUCAAAAAAACUCCUGAUUGUUCUACCAAACAUUACUUGCUGAUCCAUGGGAAGUGCUAUGCUGCGCUUGAGGAUGACACCCCCUGCAUGAUCGAGUCGAUUCUAUGAUGCGACGUGUGGCUUUGUGGGAGUGCAGAGGCGUCCCGCAGUGCUGAUCAUUGUGUCUCCCUCACUUUCUAACGAGCCAUUUCACAACACCGGGGAGAAGAAAACAGCUAGUGGUAUCAGCGGCUGCACAUGUGGAGUGACGGCGGUGCAUGAACACUCUUCCAACGACUGAGGCAACGCAGAGGAAUACAAGCACAAACAUGAAAAGCUUCUUUUGCCAGAAUGUAUCGCUUUGGCGCAUUGUGUGUGUUUUUUUUUUAAAUAUAGCUUAAUCAGCUUAGUUCAUUCGUGAAAGUGAUAGAGUUAAUUCAACGAGGCGGGAGAGGUGAAAUACCUUAACACAACACAACAUCGGAAAGUAUUAGACUGGGCGAAGGAAGGAAGGCUGUUGUGCAUCACAACUACCGGCAACUUAUCUUGUGAAAAAUCUAUAUCAGUUAAUGCGCCUUAUCUGGAAUAAAAAUACAGGAGAAAAUGCAUUGGAGGCAACGAUAUUAUCUGCCAAGUUAAGCAACGGGGUUGACACUGAAAUCUGGAUUACUGGUGAUACUCUUUUGGGCGAACACAGGACUACGGGCUUCCUCUCGCCGUAAGCUUCAGCUCGGUCCCGUGGCCAGACUACGUCUCGGUCGAUGGUGAGGGGAUCCAUGCCGUCUCAAAGGGAGAGGAGAGGAGCGCUGUCCCGUGCUGGAUGGAUGGUUAUGGGGAAAGGAGCAGGACCUUCGGCGCUAGAAGUCGGCAAGAUCCUCGCUGUGUUUCUUUAUCUCUUUCCUGCAGUGAGCUUACAGUGUAAAAUCCUCAAGUGCAACUCGGAAUUCUGGGCUGCGACGACGGGUUCCGAGCCUGAGGGGGACGUGGAGUUCUGCACGGCACUGCGGGCCUAUAGCAGCUGCGUGCGCCGGACCGCCCGGACUUGCCGCGGCGACCUGGCCUUCCACCUGGCCCAGCAUGGCAUCGAGGACCUGAUGAGCCAGCACAACUGCUCCAAGGAGGGUCCCACGACCCCGCCCCGUGCCAGGCGCCCGCCAUCCCCCGUCCCGCCCCAGCUGCCCGAGGAGACCACACAGGGCAGUCCGGAGGUGUGCCACUAUGAGCGCAGCCUGCCGCGCCACUCUGCGCCCCCCAACUACACCCACUGCGGCUUCUUCGGCGACCCGCACCUACGCACGUUCACGGACGACUUCCAGACGUGCAAGGUGGUGGGCGCUUGGCCGCUCAUCCACAACAAGUACCUGUCGGUGCAGGUGACCAACACACCUGUCAUUCCCGGCUCCUCUGCCACCGCCACUAGUAAGCUGACAAUCAUUUUCAAGAACUACCAGGAAUGUGUGGACCAGAAGAUGUACCACGCAGAGACAGACGAACUCCCGGCGGCCUUUGCUGAUGGCUCAAAGAACGGGGGUGAGCGCCAUGGCGCCAAUACCCUGCGGAUCAUCGAGAAGGUUCCGGGCCAGCACGUGGAGAUCCAGGCGCGCUACAUUGGCACCACCAUCGUGGUCCGGCAGGUGGGUCGCUACCUGACGUUUGCCGUGCGGAUGCCCGAGGAGGUGGUCAAUUCCAUGGAGGACCAGGACAAUCAGGACCUCUACCUGUGCCUGCACGGCUGCCCAAACAACCAGCGUAUCGACUUCAGGACAUUCAGGGCCCACGCCGUGGAGAGUCAGGCCCAGGGUCGGGCUAGGCCCGGCAGCCCUCAGCAGCCUGGCUUCACCUACCAGACAGCCGUAGCCAAGUGCAAAGAGCGCCUCCCUGUGGAGGACAUGUACUUCCACUCCUGCGUGUUUGACCUGCUGUCAUCGGGAGACAUCAACUUCACCCUGGCGGCCUUCUACGCCUUGGAGGACGUCAAGGUGCUCCACUCCAACAAGGACAAGCACCACAUUUUCGAGAGGGACAUGCACUUAGGGAACGCGGGGCGCAAGGGGUCGUACUCGGUCCUCGUGCUGCUCCUCAACCUGUUGGCUUUGGUGCUCUGGACAGAAGGUUGCUCAACACAUCUAUAGUCCACCACCGCGAUCUCCAUCUUCAUUGUCGUCAUCUUCAUCGUCCAUGUGAUGGCUUUGAGCCUGUGUGUGUCUGCGUACCGCUGGUCUCGGCUGUGUCACGUCCAGUCUGUCGGAGGCAGAGCCCCUGCACUGGUGCACCCCCUCACUCCCAAUCCCAAGGUGGCGGUGGUGGUGGCAGUGAGGGGGGUGAAGGUUCCAGAUGGGUUGGGCGCCGGGUCAUCCCGCUCAUUCCAGCCAUGGACUCACUCAUGUUCAUUGUGGUUCGUUAUGCACCGAGGGGGGAACAGUAACGUCGUUAUUUGUGAAGUCGGACUCGGGAGUGAGAUCCCUUGCUUGUCAUCGCGCUGCUGUUGCUGGCUUCAAGGGACACGGUUGUGAUGAGGAGGAACUGCAGUGAGAGAGAGACCCCCCUGUCCUCCCGCUCCCCCGCACACACUCCAUCCCUCCCCACCUCUGUCUACUGAGAGCUUGGAUGUCCAGCUUCGGAUUUAAUCCCUCAUUCCCAGAGAGGCCAAGUAGCCCAUGGGAGACGGUGAUGGGAUUGGGGAUGAUCCUCUGUGGAAAGGACAUUUUUUUCCCCCUUCUCUUCUUCUAUCCCUCUAUUUUUAACUCUCAUUGAGGAUCUCCUCCUUCACUGGUGCCAAGUGAGUGGAGUGGUUGUAUUUGGCCCCUGGUGUAUGUAUGUGUGUGUGUGGGGGGGGGGGGGACCAGGGGAGGUUGACCAUGACAGGAGCUGUUAUUAACCUCUGCUGAAGAAGAGGGCCUUCCCUGAGCUUCCUGUUUGAUGAGCCUCCAGAGCUGGAAGAGGCCAGAGCUCGCUGAGAGAGGGAGCCCCUAGCCAAAGGGACGUCAGAGUAGCGAGCCUGGUUGUCUGCAGCGGAGAUUAAUUGGCCGUAACGCCAGGUCCUUUUGUGUGUGUGUGUGUGUGUGUGUGUGUGCGUGUGUGCUCUGUGUAUGUCAGUUAGUGUGUGUUGCUUUGGAUAUUCUGUGUGUGUGUGUGUGUGCGUGUGCAUAUGUGUGUGUGCGUGUGUGUGUGUGUUCCUUAGAACUGUAGAAUUGUAGUUUGGAGACAUAUUUGCUAAUGUCUUUAUACUGCACCCAGGGCUUCAAUAUAGUGCCGGCCUGGUGGUCUAAGGUCACUCUCAAUGGCCUUUGUCUGCCAAAAACUUUUGCCAAAGUGAAUUGGCAGACGGAUUGGAAAAAACUUCCUGCUUCACCGUUUCCAUGUGUCAAUAACAGUGUCAAAGAGAUUUUUGUCAAAGAAAAUACACCCACAUUACAUUGGUGCUUAAAUCUCAAAAAUAUUUAUUGCUCUGUUUGAUUAGAGUUUAUGUGGACUUCUUUCAACCGCUAACAAAAACCAAGCCCAGAGAGCAAGCACAUUUGGGGCAGAGGAAAGGCAGGCUGCCAUAUGAACAAUAUGUUUACAGAUUUUUUUUUCAAAUGAAAAAUCACAUCGAUCAACUGAACAGACAGCCUCCAUUACUUAAAUCCCAACAUGGAAGUGGACCAGCCAGCACACAGCUGCCAGAUCUUUUUUGUUUUUGUUCUCCGACUCAAAGUUGUUGGGUCGGUUUACAGUCACUGUGCUGUGGAAGAUGCCCAGUUGAGCAAAGGGGACUGGUCAAGCGCAAACCGUGACUGGGCAGGGUUAGAAGGGACGCACGACCCCACGGGCAGGCUCAUUCGUCUUCCUGACUGCUUUGCGGAAAAAAAGGAAAACAGCCCUCUCUCUCUUUCUCUCGCGCUCUCUCUCUCUUCUCUCUCCAUUUUAGUAAAAAGGGGUGUCAACGUGGCUGUGCUGUAGGCCUCUCUUGACUCACAACUUUGCAGAUCUGUGAAUUUAUGGCUAAGGCCCUUUGCCAAAGAACCAGCCCCGGUGCCAACAAUUUUCCCCAAACAUCUUUCUAGCUCACUCUAGCGCUCCCACUCAGUCUCUUUCUCUCUCUUUCUGCAGCCACACUCACCCACUCGGUCUCUUUUUUACUCUUUCUCCCUCUCUCUCCCUUUGCCUCCUCAUCUCUCUCUCUCUCUCUCUCUCUCUCUCUCUCUCUCUCUCUCUCUCUCUCUCUCUCUCUCUCUCUUGGUUAACCUUCAUGGGUUACCUAAGUAUUUGGACUCCAACCAGACGUCCUGAUUGUGUAUAAUACUGGAAGGUGCUGCUAAAUGAAAUCAGUGGAUGGAAUUGAGUUUGUGAGCGGUAUGCACGAGAGGAGAUGUAACGGAGUGUAUAUGUCAGCCAAGCUCUGCUUAUCCACAGAUCGUCCUCACCACUACUUCCAUUGGAAAAGAGGCAUCGGUCGGUGUUUGUUUUUUUCUCGUCUGUUACUGUCUCUUCUAGCACCAUUUGUUUUAAACAUGAAGUCAGAGUUUUAAAAGAAACAGUCAUGUGGGGAUCGGGGAGGUUUAGUUUAAUGUUUAUAGCACUAAAAACGUCUGCUGUAUUAAGAAAAAUACAUUCUCUGCUUCUGGGUACCUCUUAAUAUCAAUGCUAAUGUUAGAACAACAUGCCCACUCCCAUGUUAAACUCCAUUAUCAGGUCAUUGUGAUGCGGUAGAAGCUUAGAUCAACACCCCAGGCAAGUUGAAAGUGCACGUCGCUCCCUGAUUUGCAGGAAGAGUUGCUGAUGGAAAUUGGCCCAUGGUGUAUAUUCAGUCUCACAGCGUGGAUUUUUGUAUCCAAUUAAAGCCCACAUUAAACAUCCGUCUGCCUGAAUAAAACUCCCAAGUAAUUCACCUCGAUGCUGAGGUACGAUCAAACUUUUGCCGACAAAUGUAUUCUAGAUCUGUCUGUCUGAGGUGAAAAUCUCAGAGGGUAUGUAUGCUUACACUGAAACAUCAGGCAGGCGGGACUACUGCCAAGCAAGCAUGUGCCAGUGCAGAAUUAAUUUAGUCUGUAAGACAAGCUAACAAAAAAGAUAUCAAACAACUAAAUGAUUGUAAUGUGGACAUUUUGUGUUGAUAGGUGUACUUUGUAAAGUCAAUUUCUAUCAAUGGAUGGUUCUUUGUGUGUAAUGUGAGUCUGUACAUAGGUUUGUAAAAGUUGUUACAUUUGAAAAAGAAUAGUGUUUAUUUGUUGUUAAAUUGUUUUGUAAAUCUUGACAUUUUAUAUAUGUGAGUACAGUGAAUGUGACCUUUUAUUUAAAAAUAGAAAAGGUUUUAUGUAUGUGAAACAACACACCAAAUGUUAACCAACCUAACAGAUCUAAAACAAAUCAGAACUGAACCAUAUUCAUAAAUAGGGAAUUCAAUGGUGUUUUUUGUUGUUGUUGUUUUCAUUAUGGAAGAAGCACUUUAUAUUUUUGUUUGUGUUUAGCUCUUACUUGUCAUGAACUUGAUAGUGAAUAGAGCUCAUCAAAGUUGUAAACCUAGGAAAGAAUAAAAACACAAAAUCUAAACUAAACAAAAACUAAACAUAUUGCAUAGGGUUUGCCAGAGAUCAAACUUGGCUUGUAUGUAGGACUAAAGUGGUGCCUCAUGCUACCUGUACAUAUUGUAAAUUAUUUAUUGAGCGAAAAUAAAUUGUCUUGUCGAUUUGUUUUGGAAA